UUAUCGGUCUGUUAUCAACGUAUAAACCACAUAAGAAAAUGUCCCAAACACUUUUGUUCCUAGUAGAACAUAUUUUUGCGUACGGGGAAUGGGAAUUCACCAAUGAGACCGUGGUGACCGAGGUAGUCUCGUCGGCCAGUUAAAACGUUCAUUUGAUAAAGUGGCGUAAAAAUCCACCAAUCGCAGAGUAGUUUUAUGUGUAUGUCCUCCAAUGGUUAUAAGCUAUUUCGUAGAGUGGGCGGAAAUGUUAUAGAGUGUCUUUUGUGCACUACGGAUACUUUUGUAGCUGAAACAUAGUUGUGAAUGUGGCAGCAAAGAGACAGGGAGGGGUAGACCGGGUAUUGUCGUUUUAGAUAUAGGGAUUAUAUAGUUAGUCUCACUUUAUGUGUCACUAUUUAGGACCAAAAACGCGAAAGAGUUACGGUGACGACGUUUGUUUGGAUUAUUGUCUAACGGCGAGGAUAAAGAAAACAUGGGGCGAUAGGGCAGCAGAAAUGAUUCUCUGGUAGUAUUCUUAGUGUAUUUAUUUAUUUAUUUUCCUAUUUUUCCCCACUUCGUAUUUCUUCUCCACGCCGUGGGACAACCGCGGGACUGCGGGUUGUGAGGAUGGACCAGGCAAGCAUCCUACGAAAGUUCAUCCAGGGGGUCCAAGCUAUGCGAACCGGAGACCAGAAAGGAGAAGAUAACUUUGGCAGUGACUUCAUGAGAUUACGGAGGCUGUCCACCAAAUACAGGACGGAGAAGAUCUACCCCACCAACACGGGCGAGAAGGAGGAGAACGUGAAAAAGAACAGAUACAAAGACAUACUGCCAUUUGACCACACUCGGGUAAAGCUGACGUUGAAAACCACCAAUCAGGACACAGAUUAUGUCAAUGCCAACUUUAUCAAGGGCAUUGAUGGACCUGAAGCCUACAUUGCCACCCAGGGUCCUCUACCCAACACUGUGCUCGACUUCUGGAGGAUGAACUGGGAGUAUAACGUAGCGGUCAUCGUGAUGGCCUGUCGAGAGUUUGAGAUGGGAAGGAAAAAGUGUGAGCGGUACUUUCCUCUGUCUGGAGAGGAGCCCAUGUCCUUCGGCCCGUUCACAGUCUCCUGUGAAUCGGAGCAGGCCAGGACAGACUACUUCAUCAGGACCCUGGCUGUGGAGAAUGAGAGUGACACUAGAAGGAUAACACAGUUUCAUUACAUGAACUGGCCCGACCAUGAUGUUCCCUCCUCCUUCGACUCCAUCCUCGACAUGAUUGGUCUGAUGAGGGAGUACCAAGAGAACGACCACGUCCCCAUCUGCAUUCACUGCAGCGCUGGCUGUGGAAGGACGGGGGCUAUCUGUGCUAUAGACUACACAUGGAACCUUCUCAAAGCUGGGAAGAUUCCAGAAGACUUCAAUGUGUUCCGGUUGAUUCAGGAGAUGAGGACACAGAGGCACUCUGCUGUUCAGACCAAGGAGCAGUAUGAAUUGGUCCACAGAGCCAUCGCCCAGCUGUUUGAGAAACAGCUGCUCCUUCUGGAGGGCCCUGCCAACUCAGAGAUACCAGACGGCAUGGUGAGGACAUACACACGCACUGAGGAUGAGAGCAGCCCAGAGAAAUCAAGCCACCAAUCAGACGAGGAGAGGUGGGAUACCCCGCCCCCUAAGCCACCCCGCAUACGCAGCAGUCAGGUCGAGGGGGAUGUGAAGGAGGAGAUCCUGCAGCCUCCAGAGCCCCGCCCCGUCCCCCCCAUCCUCACCCCAUCUCCCCCCUCCGCCUUCCCCACGGUGACCCAAGUCCGCCAGGACAACGACCGCUACCACCCCAAACCAGUCAUCCAUGUCCUGGCCCAGGCCCAGCAGAACCACAACCCCCACAAUGCACAGGGGCCCGACCUCAACGAGAACUACAACAAAUCAGGCUCGGACAGCCUCCAAGCGCCCGAGAAGCCCCCGUUGACCCCGUCCUCCCCCUCCUCCCCUUCGCCGGGCGACGGAGGCGGCGAGAAGCGGCCGGAGAGGAAGCUGAGCAUCGAGAUCAAGAAGGUUCCGCUGCAGGAGGGUCCUCGGAGCUUCGACGGAGGCAACAUCCUGCAGCGUAGCCACGCCUUCAAGGCCCGCCACUCCAACAACGUCUCCUUCUCCGAGGACUCGGGGGCGGGGGAGAAUCUACCCGGGGGGCAGAGCCAGCCCGGGGGGAGGGGCAGCCCCGUCCCCCUCCGGCCCAAUCACCUGGCCCUGAAGGGGGAGAAGGCGGGGCAUGCCGCCUGGGCCGCGCCCCCUGGCCUAGAGAAGAGUCCAACCACACCUGAAAAGAACCGCGUGCGAGACUCCGCCCCCCAGCCCUGUGGCUCCGCCCCCGUCAGGACUGCUCUGAGCUUCACCAAUCCCCUCCACUCAGACAACUCCGACGCGGAGGGGGAGGGCGAGGCCAAGAGCUCGAGAAACUCCGCCCCCACUCCCGUCUCAUGUAGUGUCUCUACGGCGACGGCAACGGUUUCCAAGGCGCCACACCAUAGCGACCAGAUGCCCAGCAGGAAGGUGUGGCCGAUGUCCAUCGCCGGGCAGAACGCCUCCAAGACGCCGUCGCCAACGGGAACGCAAUCAGACAGUGACGAGGACUCACCUCCCCCCCUCCCUGAGAGAACCCCUGAGUCCUUCAUACUGGCCACAGACCCAACAGAGGUGAGGUUAUUGGGGGCUGUGGAGCAGAGUGAUGCAGGGGAGAGGGCUGGACCAGGGCCAGGGCCAGGAGCCAGCAUGGGGUCUCCUCUCAGAUCACAGAAAGACGUGUCCGGAGAGAGACGGGACAGUAAGGGCGUGUCUGAGCCCGCGGGCAGGGUGGCCCUGCCUGGCCCCGUCACUUCUGGGAUCGCAGCAGCGGCAGAGACCAAGGCCGCAGAGACGGGUGGGGUUCGGUAGGCGAUCCACACAACCCAAAGGCCCCAGGGAGCCCCCCUCGAAGUGGACAUGACAACCCCCCCAUCCCUCCUCUCCUCACAUGCUAAAACCUCAAAGCCCCCCCACUGUCCCCCCUCACCUACACGCUCCUUUAAGUGCCACUGUAUCCCAGGGAGAAGGCCCCUGAAUGCUGUUCCAUCCUUUCAUCGACUCUCUUUCCUUCCUCCUGAACUGCCACCCAUCUGCAGAGCAACAUGCAUGAACUACCCAAGGUGCAGCGCUCCACCGGUGCGCUGUACUCUCGCUGGUUGCCAGGGGCUCUCUGUGUGUGUGUGUGUGUGUGUGUGUGUGCUGGUGCUAUUCUUCUAAUCGCCGUAGAUACAGAACUCCUGGAGCGGACUGUUCCAGUUAUGCAUCACUACCAAGUCGGCCAUGUUGGAUGUUCCUGCCUAGUCCCCUUGGUUCCUAUUGGAGUUGUUUCAGUGUUUCUCUCCUUCUUUGCUGGGACCAUGUACCUGCCUUAUCCUUCGAAAGAAAGAAAGAGAGAAAGAGAGAGAAAGAAAGAAAAAGAGAAACUGACAUUCUACUUCUACACCUCUUCUGUUUCUUUCUUUAGCAUUUCGGAAAGACACUUUCUUGUCUUCUGUGCUUUGAGACUUGUGACAGAAGCGUGUGGCUAGGGACUGAGGACUACUGUUGGAUUUUGUUUUUGUUCUGUUUGUUUCGAUCCUCGCUAACUUCUCGAUAGCUCCAGUUAUAUAUGCAUUGUUUAAUAAAUGUACAGGGCGACUAGGUAUAUAAUAUUUCAGAUUUUGCUGUCUUAAGUAUUCUUAAUAACAGAAGAUGUAAGAAGUCAGUGCAUGAGUCUCUGUCCCUGAUAAGGUUGCCCAAACUGUCAAUAGUUUUGCCCUCCUUUUGUUUCAGCAAAUACUUCAGGGUUGUCAUUGUUCUAUCUUGUUUUUUUUUUUUUUCAUGUCUCUAAUUAUAUGUUCAAAGUUUUAAUUGACUGGACUUUGGUGAAAACAGCCAGUCCUAUCACAAUGGCAAACGGGCUCAAGAUAAGAUUGUAGUAAUAAUAAUAAUGCUCUUUUUUGUAAAUUGUAUUCUAAAGGUUAUUUUUGUAUACACUGUUGUUGGUUCCAUCAUGCCCUGUUCUCUUCUCUACUGGACCACUGGACUUGUUUUCAGAGCCCCCCCCCCCCCGUGCCUUUCAGAGAGCACCCAACUUCCUCAUCCUCCUCCAAUCAACAUCCAUCACUGGAGCGAGUGCAGUGUGUGUGUGCUCUGUGUCACCUCUGGGACUCUCUCAGCUACUCCCCCCUCCCACACACACACACAUGCAUACACACACAAACAUAUAACACACACAUCUGUUUGUAUGUUGCUGAACUCAAUCGACCUGUCAGUAAAAGAGAAAGACAUCAGA